ACACAAUUGACACUGCAACUUGACACAAAGGCUGAAGCAAUCAUCAUUGAAUCAUGCCCUUUGAGCGGGAUCUCUCGACUUUCUUUGACAAGUCCGCACAGCUACUAGAAGCCUUCCCUGAUGCAAUCUAUACACUCGACUACAGCAAGCACGAUGCCACCCGCUCUAGCAUCACGGCGCGCUUGCAUGACGACGCAGCAGGUAUCUGCCUUAAAUUCAAGACUGAUAAAGUAUUGGAACUAGGACGCUUGAUGGUUGGUAGUACAAAAGUAUCACAACGACUCGCGCAACUCGAUGAGGAAGCGUGGGAUCGGCAACAGGCUGCAUUGAUGCCCGGUACUGGUGAAGCGCAGGGAGAGUCAGAGAUGAAGGAUGCGAGUACGCCUGUUGCGUCGGGGGAGGCUGCAUCCACAGCAUCAAAGAAGAAGAAGAAGAAGGGUAAAAAGUAACAAAAGUCGCGACGCUUCUAUAGUACAAGAAUAUGGAUUCUGACAACUGCUUACUUCUAAAAGUCCUCCUCAAG